CAUAUUCCUGAACGACUUAUUUAAUAUGGCAUCUACAAUUGAGAGGAAGACGUUGGAAGCGAACGAGGAACCAGUUGACGAGGUGCUUCAGAUGCCCCCAUCAUUGCUGAUGUGUGGCGGCUGUCAGCAGAGCAUUGGGGACCGUUUCUUCCUCAAGGCCAUAGAGCAGUACUGGCAUGAGGACUGCCUGAGCUGUGACCUCUGCGGCUGCCGCUUAGGGGAGGUGGGCCGCAGGCUGUACUACAAACUUGGCAGGAAGCUGUGCAGGAGAGACUACCUCAGACUGUUUGGUCAGGAUGGGCUCUGCGCUUCUUGUGAAAAGAGGAUCCGGGCCUUUGAAAUGACCAUGCGUGUCCGAGACAAAGUGUACCACCUGGAAUGCUUCAAAUGUGCUGCCUGUCAGAAACACUUCUGUGUAGGGGAUCGCUACCUGCUCAUCAAUUCGGACAUUGUGUGUGAGCAGGACAUUUUCGAGUGGACCAAACUUAAUGGAAGCAUGGUGUAGUUUUCUCCUAAAUCAUAAACAACCUUUUAGCAUCUGCAACAAACCAUUUAUUCAAUCAAUUCCAAUUUUUACUGAAAACAAAGGGGAGAGGGGAUAUCUCUCUGGCUCAAGGAGCAACCACCAUGAACAUUUUAUGAAUUAUAUAUUUUUCUUCUUAUUUUUAAAAACAUUUUUUUUAAUUAUUAUUAUUCUAGCAUGGGAAAAUUGCCACGAGCAACCACCAUGAACAUUUUAUGAAUUAUAUAUUUGUAUUCUUAUUUUAAUUUUUUUUUUUAUCAUUUAUUUUUUAUUUUUUAUUCUAGCAUGGGGAAAUUGCCACAAGCAACCACCAUGAACAUUUUAUGAAUUAUAUAUUUUUCUUCUUUGUUUUUUGUUUUUUUGUUAUUCUAACUUGGGGAAAUUGCCACAAGCAAUAUAAAAUUCUUUUUCUAGUCGUGUAAGUUGAAAGUUAGAUAAAAAAGUGUUAUUUUUGUGAAGUAGCACAAUUCUGAGUUCUUAGAGUGUUAAUAAACAAAUUUACUCAUGUUUUUUUUUUUUUUUCUUUCAAAAACAAACUGAUGUGAGGCAGUCAGGCAGAAUAGAUCCAAUGGUUCUUCCUCACACCUUACAUACUGAAAGGGAAAGAUACUCACUGAUAACAUCAGCAACAACAUAAUAACAGCAAUAACUUAGUUAAAAUAAGUAAUAAAUGCAAGAAAUGCUAUUUUUCUACCUUGGUCUAAUUAAAAAUAUACAAUUAAGAGAUGCAUGUGUCCUGGGUUCAUGAAAUAAAAGCCCCAAAACAAUUAAAAAGAUGGAGUCUGGGUAAUCACAAAGCACUAUGAUUAAGGAAGUCUCAAUCAUAAGUUUCAUGGUCCAAUAAACAGUUCUCUAUAAUGGUCAAUUUUUUGUUUUUGUUUUU